CGGAAGAGAUGUCGACUGGCCGUAAUCCGGGUAAAUAUUCAACACAGGAUGCUAAUUCGUCCCAUGCCCGCCGACACCAUUAAGUGACAACAACCGUUGGCUGACCGCAGCAAAGAUGAAACCGCAAGGUUCACCCAUGGCAUCGAGUUUUCGACAUCAAAUUGAGAACCUGUAGCCAUGGAUGCGAUUGGUUCCAAAAACAAUGAAAGCACCUUCCCCAGCUUGGGGGAUCUUGAUGACUUUCUCAAUAAGCACAACUCCAACUUCAUUUGGCUCCUUGUGGCUACCAUUCUGUCCUGUGGAUGGAUCAUCUAUUUAACUUAUUACAACUCCCGCAACAUCGGCCUCAUCCUCACUCUCAUCAUCAACAGACUCUACAAGGAUGGCUACAUUCAUAUCGGAUCCUUCUCCUUCUCCGUGCUGUCGGGAAAAGUCAUGUUCCGAGAUGUUUAUUACAUCAACCAGGACAUGUCUAUCAGGAUACAGGAUGGCUUUCUCAUUUUCCGCUGGUGGAAGAUGUAUAACCCAAAGCAGAAACAACAUGACCCCAAGGCAGAGACCAGGCUUUACGUGACGGUCAACGGCUUCGAAUUUCACGUCUACAAUCGGACUGAUCUCUAUGCUCGCCUACAAGAGACUUUUGGCCUGGAGCCGACGCUUAGCACAACCAAGAAAGAUGAAGACAGGGAGCAGGACGCUAGGAACAAGACCCUGGAGCGUGUGAACAUUAAAACAGAAAAUCCAGAUCCGACAUCAUCUUGGCGCUCCCUCAUUCCCGUCAUCAAAGUGAACAUCAGCACGGGUCGCUUGGCAUUUGGCAACCACCACCUCUCACAGACUUUGUGCUUGAACUUUGAGGACGCCUUCCUGACCUACGCCACCAAGCCCCCAUCCAGCCACCUCGAUCAGUACAUGCACAUUGUAAAGGGCUCCCUGGAGAACGUGCGCGUCAUGCUCGUUCCCAGUCCACGCUACGUCGGCAUGCAGAAUGAUGAACCCCCCAGACUGAUGGGCGAAGGUUUUGUCGUCAUGCAGUCCAAUGACGUCGACAUCUACUACUACCAAGAUGAGCCAGGUCUGGUGCCAGUGGAACAAGAAAGCGGGGAAGAAGCGGAGACAUCCAGUGAGGAAGAUAAGCUGCAAGACCUCCCACCAUGUUGGGGUUUGGAUAUUGUGUGUGGAAAAGGAACUGACUUCAACUAUGGCCCAUGGGUGGAUCGUCAAAGGGACUGUCUGUGGAAGUUCUUCCUGCCGGCAGACUACCAGGAUAUGAAGGUGACAGAAAUGGCCCAGCCAGGAGAACCGAGGCAGAUCCAGGCCUUUGAGCUGCGUAUGAACAUCAUUGCCGACGCCACCAUUGAUUUGCUUUUUACCAAAAACCGAGAAACCAACGCCAUCCACGUGAAUGUAGGUGCGGGUUCUUACCUGGAAGUCAACAUCCCCAUGACUGUUGGAGAGAUUGGCUACUCGCCCACCAUCAAAGGGCAGCUCCUUCAUGUUGACACCACUAGCAGCAUGCAGUACAGGACUCUCCUCGAGGCGGAGAUGUUAGCUUUCCAUGUGAUUGCCAGCUACCCUCAGGUGUGGAACAUGCCUCAGUCGUGGCAGUGUGAGAUUGAGGUGUACAAGGCCACCUAUCACUUCAUCUACGCCCAGAAGAACUUCUUCACUGAUUUGAUUCAGGACUGGGCAAGUGACAGCGCCCCAGACAUCUACUCCUUUGUUCCCUACUCUUGGACGUUCAAGAUGCUUUUUCACCAGUUUGAAAUGAUCUGGGCGGCAAACCAGCACAACUGGAUCGACUGUUCCACCAAACAGCAGGAGAACGUGUACCUGGCAGCAUGUGGCGAGACGCUCAAUAUAGACUUCACUUUGCCUUUCAAUGAGUUUGUUCCAACGACCUGCCAUACCCGCUUCAGCUUGAAGGCGGAGGAUACAGACAUGCGACUGUCUCUGCCCGAGUGCCACCCCAGCCGCUACCCCCUCCUCACCCUUGCCAAAGAUUACCAGAAUGUCAAGCUACCCCCAGACAUGUUCAUGCCAGGGGAGAAUCAAAGUGCCCAUCCUCCGAAAACAACCAAGUCUCGAUGGAGGAAUAUCACCCACGCAGAAGCCGGCUGGGUGGACUGCUGGAGCGUACCAAACUUCCUGCUCAUCAUUGACUACACCUGGCAUCCCAUUUAUCCCCAAAAAGCAGAUGAGCAACUUAAGCAGUCAUUCUCCGAGAUGGAAGAAUCCAUGUUGUCGGCUUUGCGGCCUCCGGAACACACUUCAGCACAUCACAGCCACCCACACUACACGUCUGCUUCUGCUUCAACCGGUUACAGCCGGAUACCCACUGACCCCUCGGAGCUUCCCCCUGACAGACUUCACGUGGAGAUGGAAAUGUCCCCGGAUUCUCAAAUUAUCCUUUAUGGACCUUUACUCCGAGCUUUAAUUGCCAUCAAAGAAAACUAUUUUGGUGAAGAUGACAUGUACACAGACUUUGAAGCGACGGUGUCCACGCCUGUUUUGUCCACUUCCUCAUCUGGCCUCGGGUGGUCUCCUCUGGGAAUGGAAGACAGUGGGCACAAGGAGACGUCCGACAUUCACCCUUUGGACCUGCGGCCUUGGGACAUAACUGUGCUCAUCAAUCUCUACAAAGUCCAUGGUCGACUACCGAUGCACUGCAGCAGUGAGGGUCCAGAAGGUCCAUCUGGAUUCCUGGAGCGGUUAUGUUUUGAAAUGAAAAAAGGUUACAAGGAAACGAUGCUUCAGCUACUACUGUCACCUAUUCACAUUUUCAUCAGUGACAACUAUCAGCGUCCAACAGCCGACGCGGUGUUGAGAGAUGGACACCUCAGCCUGUCAGGCCUGCAGAUGAGAGCACACGCCAUGUUCUCCGCCCAGGGGCUGCCACUAGGAAGCGACACGCUGGAGUACGCCUGGCUGAUUGACAUGCAGGCAGGGGGUCUCACUGGCAGGGUGACUGUUCCACAGGUGGCUUGCUUGUUAGAAUGGGGGGAGACGUUCCUUUUCCAUGUGGUGUCCCGCGAGUUUCAGCUGGAGCAACCAAAGCCCUCGGUCAUCUGCCAGCAUGGCACUGACCGUCGCAUCUGUGAUGCUAAGUUGACAUGCUUACCCGGUCACUGUCGAACGUCAGAGGAGCUCAAGUACACCAUGACACGACUGGCCAUGGAUGGAGUGGACCUUUUUAUUGUUGAACAUGGCUGUGCUGCCAACAUCAGAAUGGGCGUUGUUCGUGUCGCCAACUGUAACCUACACAACCAAGCGGUGGGAGAGGGCAUCAGCGCUGUGGUGCAGGACGUAAACAUCCGACAGUACAUCGAACAGCAGCACAGUGAGGCAAACAGGCCGCCGCCAUCUGGUCCAGGUCCAGGUCCAGGUCCGGGUCAGCCUCCUAGUCUUUGCCAACCCCCAGUGCUGCGACGCUCUGUCUGGCUGGAGGCGGGCUCGGUCAACUUGAACCUCAUCACAGCGGACAUCGCCUUGGCUGCCGACCACUCGGCUAAAUGUGAAGUCCAGCGGAAUUUUCUGGAACUCCAUGACGCACAGACCAAAAGACUUUGGUUCCUGUGGCCAGAAGAAGCUGGCAUCCGAAACAAGCGUGGCAGGAAUCGAUGUGGAUGCCUUGGAGGAUGUCGGUUUUUCGGCGGAACCAACAUGGGCCUGGACUUCUUCAAACUUGAAGAGAUGACACCCUCCUCCUCUUCGGCAUUCUCUUCCUCCAGCACUGAGUCCGACAUGUGUUAUGGUCAGUCUUUGCUUCACCCCGGGGAGUGGAUUAUGACCAAGGAAACGCCCAAAGUGGAUGGGAGGGUUGUUGGACUGAAAACCGAUACCCACUCACCCUGCUUGCCUCCUGAGGUACCUGAGAGGCGUGGUCAACAGCACCUGAGUCUCCAGGUACCCCAACGCUGCCAUAGCUCCGCCUCCUCCUCUGAAGAAAAUAGUUCCUCUAGUGCGGCUUUGCCCUUACUGGCUGGAGAAAGGGACACCCCGUCGCCAAGUGUUGAGCAACGCAUGUUUCCUGUCAAUGGCAAAAGUCCUGUUGACACUUUCCGGGAUAUUCCCGAGGUUUCUCCUAUUUCACCCAACAACUCUCAGGACCGCUCUUCGGUGCGGUCACCUCUCUGCUCCCCCCUCAAGCGCCAGUCCUCUGUCCACUCGGGCCGAUUAGGCAGCACCAAAAGCCUGUCAGCUGCCGUCUUCACUGAGAAGCCUCCGCCGGUCUUGUCCGGGGGCGUCCAGUUCAGCUGCGAUGUUUCCCGCAGUGACGAGAACGUCCUGGAUUCACCACGGCAGCGUCGGAGCUACGGUUCCUUCCCCUUCACACCUUCGGCGGACUCCAACACCUUCCAUCAGUACCGCUCCGCCGACUCCAGCAUGUCGGUUGCUGAUAGUGAAGCCUACUUUUCGGCUGCGGAAGACUUUGAGCCAAUCAGCAGCGCCGAUGAGGGUCCGGGGACUUACCCGGGUCGCAAGAAGAGGAGGAGGCAGCAGAUGCAGCAACCACAGCAGCCUCCGUAUUACAUGGAGAACUACAGUCGCACCUCCAUCUACCACAGCGUUGAGGGUCCUCUUGCUUACGUUCUCAAUGGGGAGCUUAUCACCGAGUCCCGUCCGCUGCCUCUGCCCCCGAUGUUGCCCCCACUGCCCUCCCAGCCCCUCCCGAGCCACAUAUCCCAGGCUUCCUUUGUAUCUGCCCUGGCCAUGGAGGAAGAGAGCUCGGUGGAAGCGGAGAAAACAGCCGAGCCUGGUCCAGUAACCCGACAGCCCCACGUGAUGGCAUGCUACCAAAACUACCUGGCUCACUACCAGGUUUCCAAUUGGUCUGUCAAGCAGCCCACCAACAAGAGGACCUCCAAGUCUUCUCUACACCGCCCCUUAGAUCUUGACACACCCACAAGUGAAGAAAGCUCCGCCUCCUUUGACCAACUCUCUGUUCCAAGCUUUAAGGUGACCAAACAGGGCCUCUCAGCCACUUCUCUGUUAGAUAGAGGACUUCAGUUGAUGGGAGACAACAGCAGUACUCCUUAUACUCCCCUGGAUAAGAGAGCUAUGGAGAAUGCUGAUGAGGAUACGACGACAGAUGACUGGACUUUGGAACAGCCUUUAGCUCAGACCCGGACCACGGCAAUCGUGGAGGUCAAAGGACCCAUCAAUGUGGUUCUUACACCCUUAGUGGCCGAGUCCCUUGACAGGUACAUCGAGUCUAUGGUCCACUUUGCUAGCAUCCGUCAUCCUGCCGCUAUUUUAGAUGACCUGCACGGGAAGGUUCUGAAUGAGGCUUAUCAGAUCAGCAAGUCCACAGUGACUGAAUCUAGCCAAGCAGGCAAACAAGAGCACAAGCUUUCCAAGACAGAGGCCACGACCCACGGCUCUCUCAAUAUCUCCCACGGCCAAACCGACCUGUCCGUCAAACCGGAUAACGUGAAAAUCAAGGGCCUCCAAGCCAACGUCUCCAUCCCAAAGGUGAACCUUUGUCUCCUUCAGGCCUCCGUAGAGGAGGGCUCUCCAUCCUGCUCCACUAAAUGUGUCACCCACGUGUCUCUUGUGGCACUGUGCUUUGACAGGAUUGCCACCCAGUUCAGGAUGAACAGGGGCAUCGUAGAAGAAACCCCCAACACAACCGACCAUGGCAGACCCUCCGUUAUGUUGGAAAAGUACGCCUCUGCCACUAAGAUGCAGCCUCAGUCAUCCGGCUCGUUGCGUUCGAAUGCUGGCAUCGAGAAAGGCAAAGAAAUAGCAGCCAGGCUCAACAUCCACCGCAUCCACAGCCAGUUGAGAGGCCUGGACUCCACAGACAUUGGAACUUGUGCCAUCACAGCGAUCCCAACGGAGAAGUCCAAAGUCUUAUUUGGUCUGGAAGAAAUGGAGGAUUUUUCACUCGUCGAUGAGACGGACAUCCAUGCCAGCUCAGGUGACCUUGGCCGUUCCGCCAUGUCUCUUGAGAAAUGGGGCUGGAUCAUGUUUGAAUGCGGCAUUGAGAAUCUUACAGUCAAAGGGGGCCGGCAGUCAGGAGCCAUUCUGUACAAUGCAUUUGGCGUCAUGGGCCACUCGGACACCGGGGGCAAAACUGGAGUACCUAACUCUAAUGGCUCAACAGGCUCUCAGACCGGGAGCGGUUACAGUACUGAUGCAUCGGAUGACAACUUACCACGUGACGCUAUUAGCCCUCCAUCUGAUGUCAACGAACACUCGGACUCAGAUGACCAGGAUGAAGGUGUUGAAUCCGAUGACCUAAAGAAGGACCUCCCGCUUAUGCCACCGCCACCUGACUCCAGCAGCAUGAAGCUGACCAUCCGGGAGAUCUGGUUUAGUUUUGCUGCCCCCACAAAUGUCAGAUCCCCUUCAGAGGCCAUUUCCAGGCAAUUAAAUCUUCUCAGCACUGCCACUCCGGCCAUCGGAGCCUGGCUGGUUCCGAUUGACCAGCUCAAAUCAUCUCUCCACAAACUGGACAUGGAGGGUACGCUGCGUGUGUGUGCAGUCAUGGGCUGCAUCAUGACGGAGGCUUUAGAGAAAAAGAGCAUCCACAUCCCGUUCCGAAGCAAGUACAAUCGCGUGACCAAGCGAGCUCGCUACUUGCACGAGAAUCCGUCUUGUAUGCUUUGCAAUAUCCUUCACCGCUACUUGCAACAGGCAGAUUAUUCUGUCAUAGAAGAAGCCACAAUGAAUGAUGGCGUCCCAGCUUUAGUGACUCUCAAAAAGGGUCUCGUGGCGUUGGCUCGCCAAUGGAUGAAAUUCAUUGUGGUCACCCAGGGCUUCAAGGCUAUUGGUCUGAUGAGACCCAAUCAGCUCGCGAAACCCAAGGAACCUCAGCAGGCUCUCGCCGAAACCAUCUUCGGCUUGGACAACGGCGCCGCGCUGCAAAGUGACACCAGCGGCGAUGGAGCUGAAUUUGAAUACGAUGCAGCCGCAGUGAGUGAACACACCAUGUUACUGGAGGGAGCGUGCAGUCGUCCGCCACCAAAAGAGGGAAACUCUGGUCCUGUAAGCGGCGUGGAGAUCAUGAGAAAACUCUCCAAGUCUCACACACACAGCGAGUCUGCACUACGAAUAAAGGGCUCUCACCCCUACCAAUCUUUGAGCUACACCAGCGGUGACACAGCAGUUGACUCCCCAGCCCACGUCAGCCGCAUCGGCCUGCCGGUCAAGGACAGUCCCAGAAAGGAGAGUCUCCUGAGCAAUUUAACAGGAAGCUUCCGCAGUCUUCACAACCUGCUGGAGGGGACGCCCCAGAGGAACGAAUCAUCUGUUGCCGCGGCGGCCAAGACCGGCUCGCUCACUCGUACAGGGACGGAAAUGCUGACUGAACACCCACUGCUGUCUGAGCCCUCCUCUGUUAGCUUUUACAACUGGAUGUCUAAUGCUGUCGGGAACAGGACUGGGGCUACAGUCCAGGAAUCCCCGGUCAACCACUCCCAUCACAAUAUCCUCCAGACGGGUGGUACCUGUAACCUACCAACAAUCCCGUCCGCUUCCGACUUCAACACGGUGUUGUCCAGCGACCAGAACACAUUAGAUGGGACCCAUUCCCAGCAUUCCCAGCAUAGCACCAGCCAGGAUGACCUAGACGACAUCGAGGAGGGCAACACGUGUCCUGCUGCUGUUCAACUGGCUGAUGCUCAGGUGGUUUUCAAGCCUUUGCUGAACUACACAGGAAUCCAAGCCCAGGACGCCACUCCUCUUAGCUACAAGAUGUAUUUUGGAGAACAUCUGUCUUUUUCAGGCAACUUGGAGUGUCUGAGAGCAGAUAUCGUGGACUCCGACACCUCUAAAGAGCGCAAAAACAAAAAAUCCAGAAGGCAAGGGAUGGUGAACCUGCCGCCACUUGAUUUCAAGCCGGCCCUUCUCAUUGAGACGUUCAGCGUAAACGCCGUGGUGAUGGAGAAGUCCACCAGCGCUCCGCAGGGCCCGUCCGCGGUCCCACUCUCCUUCCACGACCUCAACCGCCGCCACUACAACACAUUCCACUGCGAUUUCACCACGGCCUGCCAGUCCAUCAGCCAACGCGUGGACAUGGCGCUCGUGCGCCUCAUCCACCAGUUCAGCACCAUGAUCGACGACAUCAAAGCCACUCAGACGGACAUCAAGCUUAACCGUUACACGGCCGGGUCAGCCUCGCCGACGCCGACGUUCAAGGCGCGACCGUAUCGACAUUUCAGGUCGUCCGACUUCAGCCGCAGCUCACGCGGUAGCCUCAACGGGACCAGGAGUGGCACGCAAACCCUGAAGAGCAAAAGAGGUUUCGGUGGUGGAGGGGCAGGGGUGGUGGGGGGUUUGCCACCCAACGGACCGCCAUCAGCCAUGGACACGCUGGGGAGACGGGAGCACAGGGGACGCGGAUCGCUUGGACGUUCGGAACGUCGGACCUCUAAGGUGUCCAGAAAGGGCUCCCGUGACGUGGCCGAUCACACGGCGAUCCAGAUGGACGACUCGGACUCCAUCACAGUGUCGGAGCAGAGCGAGCCGUCAGCAGAAUGUUGGCAGAACAUGUACAAGCUGCUCAACUUCUACUCGCUCAUCUCAGAUCCCACAGGCAUCCUGGAGAGAAGCUCUGCCGAGAACUGUCUUCCAGAAGGUGUUCACCGGCCCUCAGAGCCGCUCUGUAACGUCAUCUUUGAGAACGAACAACAAGAACCCACCACACCCACAAGGCCCCCGGUUACGGGUGGAAGGCGGCGAAGCCUGGUGAGCUCCGAGCCCCAGCACGUCACCCUCAUCGUGUUUGGCAUCGGCAUGGUGAACCGCACCCACUUGGAAGCGGACAUCGGAGGACUCACCAUGGAGGCUGAACUCAAGAAGAUCCAUGGCAGUUUUACCCUCAAGGAGAAGAUGAAAGAUAUCCUCCAUCAGAAAAUGACUGAGACGUGUGCAUCAGCUCACAUCGGAGGAGUGAACAUCGUACUGCUAGAGGGCUUAACACCAGACAUUCAACUGGAGGAUUUCCCAACAUCUCCUACCAGCACAGCAAAACAAGAGUUUCUAACCGUGGUCAAAUGCAACAUCGCCAAGUCUCAGGCCUUGUACAGCGCCCAACGCGGACUCAAAACCAACAACGCCGCCGUCUUCAAAGUGGGAGCCAUCAUGAUCAACAUCCCCCAGCACCCGGCUACUCUGCACAGCAUGAUGGUCCGCAGCUCCCAUCAGCUCUCGAAGCAGAUCUCCGACCUCAUCCGCCAGCCAUCAAACGUUCAACCUCCUAAUAGAGAGGACACGCCCACCCCGCAGCCCUCGGACAAAGGAUCAAGCAUCAAUCAAACGCCCGUCGAGGCCAACGAGUUUCCCCAGCUUCCGGAGGGACUGGAAAAGAAGCCCAUCGUCCUCAAGUUCAGUGCCAUGAUGGACGGCAUCACCAUUGGUGCCGCCCUGCUACCGUCGUUGAAAGCAGAGUACAAAAUGGGUCGAAUGAAAAGCCACGGCAUGACAGGAGCCCAAACCAGCUUCACCUUUGAGUUGCCCAAUCACAAGCUUUGCUUCCAGUCCAAAGUCUCACCAGUGGACAUGUCCGCCAUGCCGCCAUCAGCUAGCCUCACCUUACCUCCGGUCACCAUGUCUGGCGAAUACAUCAUGGAGGACCACGAGAGUCAUUCAGACCAGGGCUGGGGUGCUGAUGACUUCCCGGCCAAGCAAGGGAAUUAUCUCCAAGGGAACUACCUGCGCUGCGUGGCUGAGAUCGGCUCUUUUGAACACAACCUGACCACUGAUCUGCUAAACCACCUAGUUUUCCUGCAGAAGGUUUUCAUGAAGGAGGUCAAUGAGGUCAUCCAAAAGGUGUCAGGGGUAGAGCAGCCCAUCCCGCUUUGGAACGAGCACGACACCUCAACAGAUGCAGACAAGCCCAAAAUACUUCUCUAUUCUCUUAGCCUCAUGUUCAAGGGGAUUCAGAUGACUGCCACCACCCCGUCGAUGCGAGCCGUGCGCUUUGAGACGGGUCUGAUUGAGCUGGAGCUAUCCAACCGGAUCCAGUGCAAAGCUCAGCCCGGUGGGAGCAGCAGUUACCUGAAGCUCUUUGGAAAAUGUCAAGUCGAUCUCAACCUCGCCCUCGGACAGAUUGUCAAGCACCAGGUUUACGAAGAGGCCGGCUCCGAUUUCCACCAAGUGGCGUACUUUCGAACCCGGAUCGGUUUGCGAAAUGCUCUGCAGGAGGAGAUCAGUGGCUCGUCUGACAAGGAGGCCGUUCUCAUCACGCUCAACAGGCCAAUCGUUUUUGCACAGCCGGUGGCGUUUGAUAGAGCUGUGCUCUUCUGGCUGAAUUACAAGGCAGCGUAUGACAACUGGAAUGAACAGCGUCUGGCCCUGAACAAGGACAUCCAUGUGGCCACUAAAGAGGUGGUGGACAAGCUGCCGGGAAUCCAGCAGACCUCGGCCCAAGCCUUCAGUACCCUCUUCCUUCAACUGACCGUCAAUGACCUGGGCAUCUGCCUCCCCAUCACCAACGCGUCCCAGAAAGGACAAGCACCUGGUACAGAGGGUGUCAACUCUGAAUCGGGUCCCCGCAAAUCAAAAUCCCAAAAAGCAAACCACAGCAUAGAUUUCGACACCGGCUCAGCUCUCGUCUUAACCAUUGAGAGCACGUUGAUCACCGCCUGCUCAUCCGAGUCCUUGGUGAGCAAAGGCCACUUCAAGAAUUUCUGCAUCCGCUUCGCUGAAGGCUUUGAGACCUCUUGGGACGACUGGAAACCCGAAAUCCGAGGCGAUCUGGUCAUGAAUGCUUGUAUAGUACCCGAUGGUACAUACGAAGUAUGUUCCAGGACCACGGGGCAGCCAUCUGCUGAGAGCAGUAGUGCUGGCACGUGGACCCUGAACGUGCUUUGGAAAAUGUGCGGCAUCGAUGUUCACAUGGACCCCAACAUCGGAAAGCGCCUCAACGCUCUGGGAAAUACGCUGACGUCACUGACGGGAGAGGACGACGUGGAAGACAUCGGCGACCUCAACUCGGUCAACAUGGCAGACCUUUCAGAUGAAGACGACUGUGACACCAUGUCCCCCACCGUACACUUGAGUCCAGAGAGCCAGUUCAGCCCACGGCUGACAUUAAAGAAACGUCUGGUAAACCACAUCCUGGGCCUCAGUCCCAGACCUCAGAGUGUAUCUGUCCCGGCCGACUACUUAAACUGUCCCACUCCCCACCUUUCCGCGGGCAGUACCCGGGAACAAAGACCACUCUCCUGGGCCUGUGAGACUGUUGAUCCCAGGAGGCAGAUGCUGAUGGGAAACCAGGUGGUUGACCCCCGUGGCAGGAAGUUUACCAAGAGGGUAGUGGAUAUCCGAGAGCUAAACGAACAGGCCAAGGUCAUCGAUGACCUCAAGAAAUUGGGUGCAAGUGAAGGCACCAUCAACCAAGAGAUUCAGCGUUACCAACAGCUGGAGUCUGUGGCCGUCAAUGACAUCAGACGAGAUGUCAGAAAGAAGCUGCGUCGUUCCAGCAUGAGGGCGGCCUCCCUAAAGGAUAAGUGGGGUCUUGGCUACAAACCAAGCUACAACCGCUCCAAAAGCAUCUCAACAGCAGCAGGUCGACCACCUUUAAAAAGGAUGGACAGACAGAGUUCCAGAAUCGGAGAUGUGGAUGACUUCCCUGACGUGCGCGUGGAUGCAUCUUCUCCUGGACCCAGAGUCACUUUCAACAUUCAGGAUACGGCAUUGGAGUCCGCAAUUGCACCGGUCAGUCCAGGAGAUGUGUUCAAGUUCCCCGAAGAGUCAGAGAUGGACCUUUUGUCGGUCACCAUCGACGAUCCAUCCCAUCCUCAUCAACCUCAUCAUCACCACCGCCGCCGCCACCACCUCCAUUCUUCAUCUCCGACUGGAGACCGGUGCUCGGUGUUCAGCGCUCCUUGCACUCCUGCUGUCCUCUCACCCGCGAUUCCCUUCCAGCACGACGACAUGCGGCGAGACGACCUGUCCUCGUCUUCGUCUGAGGAUUCGGAAAAGGACGACGAGUUUGAACGCGAGAGACCCCUCAGCUAUCGAAGACCGUUCCAAGCGCCUCACAGGAAACCAUCGGGCUUUUCUGCAGUCAGUCAGUUGUUCAGCGAGCGUUGGCCAAGUACGCCUGGCAGUCGGGGUUUCAGUGGCCCAACCACUGAAAGAAACAUCGACUUUGAGCUGGACGUUCGUGUGGAGAUCGACAGCGGGAAAUGUGUUCUUCAUCCCAGCACUCAACAACCUGAGCACGAGGACAUUUCUUUCAAGAGGAGCUGUGAUCGCAGCCUUCGGAGUCUCGACCAGGAAUCACCCCCCAAGAAGAAAAAAAUGCAGCCCACUUAUAUCUCCACCACUCAUCUACUCGCCGGCAAGAAAUGUCCCUCUUCCCUGCAGACCAAAUCCAACGACCUCGAGACCACCGUUUUCUAUAUUCCAGGAGUGGAUGUAAAGUUGCACUAUAACUCCAAGACCCUUAAGACCGAGUCGCCAAAUGCCUCGCGUGGAUCCUCGCUCUCGCGCACUCUCUCCAAAGAGUCCAAGCUGUAUGCCAAAGCUAAAGGAAGCGGAGGAGUGAAAACAGCCAAGCUGUACGCCUGGGUGGCUCUUCAGACUCUACCGGAAGAAAUGGUCAUCAGUCCUUGUCUGCUCGACUUCUUGGAAAAAGCACUCGAAACCAUUCCCAUCACCCCAGUGGAACGAAGCUACGCAGUCGUAGCGUCCCAGGAAGAGGACAUGGGACAGUUUGAUACAGUAGAACCACUGGAGGAGUCCACCACCUCGCUGGUUUCUUCCUCGACAUCAGCAUAUUCUUCUUUCCCUGUGGAUGUGGUUGUCUAUGUCAGAGUUCAGCCCUCUCAGAUCCGCUUCAGCUGCCUUCCCAUGUCCAGAGUUGAAUGUAUGCUCAAGCUGCCCUCCUUGGAUCUGGUCUUCUCCUCCAACCGUGGUGAAUUGGAGACCACCACUGGAGCUCAUCCAAAUGACGGGUCGCAUCCACCCUCCUCCACUCCACCAGCGCAGCAUAUACCCAAACUACCUCCUAGCAAAGCCUCUCCAUUACUGGGUAGCCCUCUGGGCAGAAGCCGCCACAACAGCAGCCAGUCAGACCUGACUGGACCCCCAAGUACCUCCUCAGGUCUGAGCUUUACUGCCUGCAUGUCUGAUUUCUCCCUCUACGUCUUCCAUCCCUACGGUGCCGGGAAGCAGAAAUCUGCUGUCACUGGCCUCCCGCCGGGCCCAAGCCCAUUAGGGACGGUAGAUGAGGAGCCGUCGUCCGUGACGGGAAGGAAGGACUCUCUGAGCAUCAACCUGGAGUUUGUUAAAGUCAGCUUAUCCAGGAUGAGGCGGACUGGAGGCCCCACGUUUAUAGAAAGCUUCAUUCCUGGUAAAGGAGGCAAAAUGGACACCACGCUCAUCAACAUCUCAGCUGUCUGCGAUAUUGGCUCCGCCUCCUUCAAGUAUGACAUGAGACGACUGAGUGAGAUCCUGGCCUUCCCAAGAGCCUGGUACCGCCGAAGUAUUGCCAGGCGCCUCUUCCUUGGAGACCAGACCAUCAAUCUACCAGCAUCUGGCCCCACGACCCCUGACUCGGCCGAAAACAUGACUCAGCAUCUGUCCCCCGAGUCCAGCCGCAAAGCAUACUGGAGAACAUGGGAUGGGAGUACUGGGACUCACAUGCCCCAGUCCCCCAAUGUUUUCUCUGAGCACUCCACAGGAAGCAACAUGUCCCCAGGUGGUCUGGGUCACCUCAAGUCCCCCGCACCCGGGCGCAGCAGGAGCGUGUCCGAUUCGUCUGCGCCGAGAAGAGAUUCAGUAACAAAAACAUCCACGCCCUCAUUCGGUAAAAAUGGUAAAGCAGCAGGCCAGCAGGGGGCGCCGUGGGAGACGCUGGUGGUGUUCGCCAUCAACCUGAAACAGCUGACUGUCCAGAUGAAUAUGAGCAACGUCAUGGGAAACAACACGUGGACAACCAGCGGUCUGAAGAGCCAAGGCCGUCUAUCUGUGGGUAGCAACCGCGACAGAGAGAUCAGCAUGUCUGUCGGCCUGGGACGCUCCAAGCUGGACUCCAAGGGCGGCGUGGUGGGUGGAAAUAUAGACGUCAACACCCUGGAGAUGGUCUCGCACAUCUCUGAGCACCCGAACCAGCAACCCAGCCAUAAAAUCCAAAUCACCAUGGGCUCCACUGAGGCCCGAGUGGACUACAUGGGCUCCAGCAUCCUGAUGGGCGUGUUCAGUAAUGCUGACCUGCAACUGCAAGACGAGUGGAAAGUCAACCUGUGUACCGUCGAUUCCAGCAUAUCUGAGAAAAGUGAGAUCUUUGUCCAUGGGGACUUGCAGUGGGACAUUUUCCAGGUGAUCAUUUCACGCUCCACUACGCCAGACCUCAUCAAGAUCGGCAUGAAGCUGCAGGAGUUUUUCACGCAGCAGUUUGACACCAGCAAGCGGGCGCUCUCCACAUGGGGCCCCGGCCCCUACCUGCCUCCUAAAACCCCCGUCAUCAACACCGAUAAAGGAGCAGCAGAGCUUUACAUGGAUGCUGCUCAUCACCGCCAUUGGCCCGGCGUGCUGAAGGUCAUCGCCGGCUGCCACAUAUCCCUCUUCCAGAUGCCUCUACCCGAGGACACCGUGCAGCUGGGGGGUUCGAUGAGCCUGCACGGCAAUCACAUGACCCUGGCUUGCUUCCACGGACCCAACUUCCGCUCCAAGUCGUGGGCCCUUUUCCACCUGGAAGAGCCCAACAUCGCCUUCUGGACCGAGGCGCAGAAAAUAUUGGAGGAUGGAUCCAAGGAUGAUUCCACUUACAUCGUGCAAACGUUGGAUUUCCAUCUCGGUCACAACACAAUGGUGACCAAACCGUGUGGUGCACUGGAAAGCCCCAUGGCCACCAUAACCAAGAUAACUCGGCGGCGUCACGAAAACCCUCCACACGGCGUCGCCACCGUUAAAGAAUGGUUUAACUAUGUCACUGCCAUGAGAAAUGAAGAGUUAAACUUGCUCAGGAACGUGGAGGCUAACAACCAAGACGGUGGCGCCGCCGCCAAGAGCUCCAGCCUGCUGAGCAGCUUCCGCAGUAACUCCAGCUACAAUCACGAGACGGAGACCAUCUUUGCUCUUCCCAGAAUGCAGCUGGACUUCAAGUCCAUCCACGUGCAAGAUCCCGACGAACCUUCGCUGUUAGAUUCCACCAGCAAACCAAAAGUGGAGUGCAGCGUGGUGACGGAAUUCACGGACCACAUCUGCGUGACGAUGGACGCGGAGCUCAUCAUGUUCCUGCACGACAUGGUGUCCGCCUACUUAAAGGAGAAAGAGAAAGCGCUUUUUGCCCCACGGAUGUUCGUGGCUCGGCCAGGCCAGAGGAGCCCCACGGCCCAGCACGACGAUGGCUCCACGGACAAGGACAACGACGACGGCAUCAACUACACUACGGUGGACUGGAGGGAGUUCAUGUGCAACACUUGGCACUUGGAGCCCACUCUCAGGCUCAUCUCCUGGACAGGCCGUAAGAUAGACCCGGUGGGGGUGGACUACAUCUUACAGAAACUGGGCUUCCACCACGCCAGGACUACCAUUCCCAAGUGGCUCCAGAGGGGCGUGAUGGACCCGCUGGACAAGGUCCUGUCUGUGCUCAUCAAGAAGCUGGGCACGGCCCUGCAGGACGAGAAGGACAAGAAAGGCCGCGACAAGGAGGAGCACUUGCACUGAUGACUGAUACGGGCUCUUACAGACCUGGGUCUGGUCUGGUACGUCCUCGGGGUCGAACCCCCACCCUCCCACCCACCCCCGCUGGAUCACUUCCUGAACUGGCCCCUCCCCCCUUGUGUAUAUUUUGGAAAGAAUAGCAAUGAUGCCAUCAUUUGAUUCCUCUCAUGAUUUCAACGCUGCUUCUUCUUCUAAAUGACGGCAUUGAACGUUUUUUUUUUUCUUUUUUUUUUUAAUGCUUUCCGAUAUUUCAUGAGAAAUGAUUUCUUCAAACAUUGCCUUUUAUUUGUUUCCCAUGGAACACAUGGUAAAUAUGACGCUUUAUGUAUUUUAGUUUUAUUUAAUGCAUUUUGUUUUUCCUAAUGUGAGCAAAUGAACACUGGGACUUGAUCUGUGACUUUAAUGAAUCUGUAAUUACUGUUUGAAUCAAUAUUAUUUAUGGCCAUGUCAAGUGGAAAUUCUUUAUUAUGACUUAUUAUUUUUGUCUUUUUUUUUUUUAAUCCAUGUUGUAGGCAGUGUAUAUAAUAUGGUUUCAUAAAUGUGUUGGUUUCCUAACUUAAUAAAAUAAUGACACUGGAUUUUAAAUAAAUGAGUUAUAGAGUUGGCUUUGAAAGGAAAUACAAGUACUAGGUCAGGGGUGGGCAAACUACGGCCCGGGGGCCACAUCCGGCCCGCCCAAUCUUUCCAAAGUAUUUCAUUUAAACUCAACAUACAACCUGGCAUCAUGGCCUGAGCCAACCUUUUGAUGGUUGUAUCAAUUUCGUUGUUUGACAUGGUCUGUUGUUUACAAAGUGCUCCUGAAAAAAGGGACACAAGCACAUAAU